AUGAAAUUGAAGGAUAAAAUGAAACGAGAUAUUGAAAUGAUGGAAAAGAGACCAUCAAUACGAAAAGAUAGUCGAAUCACGGAAUUGGAAUCGACAAAUUGGAAUGCGAUCAUUGUUGCUGGAGUUAUUUCAGCAUUGAAUGCCGUGGAAAAUUCGGUGAUUGGAAUUGGAGAAUGGCCAUAUAUGAGUGAAGUGAGUUGGGGGGUGUGAGAAUCUAGUGAAAGGCAAGACUGGUCGUCAGUUCUUUGUCUGAAUCGGGAUCGAUCUGAAUUUUCAUUUCAGAGCAGAAAAAUUUGACUAGUUGAACAACUUUUAUCAAGUUCACAUGUCUGAAAAAAUCUAAGUUUGUCUGAUUUUUAGAAAAUCCUAGAUAAAAAUAGGAUCUAGCCCAGUUCUUUAGAAAUAAUCUAUGACUUCCUGUUUUUAUAUUUAAAAAGAGAUAUUAAUUCCCAAUACAACAAAUCCCAACAAUAUCAUACAAGGAAGUGUAAAUCUCAAAAAAACUCAUUUUCAAAAUCGGCCAAAUUACAUUUUUUCAAACUAUCACCGUAACCAGUUUUUUGCCGAAAACCAGGCGACAAAAAGUAAUCCAAAAUACAUAACAAUUAAAAUUGAUGUUUAUUGUGGUGUACUUUUGUGUUUCAUAAAUGAAACAAACUAUGAAAGGAAGAAAAAUCAGAAAAUAACACAAAUUGGAAAAUUAAAGAUCUUAGUAAAAAUUGUAACAUUUUCAGAUAGAUCGUUCAGCAACAGCAACAUUUUUUGGUUAUGCAACUUCAGUUUCAAAAUGUGCCCAUGCAAUAUUCGCAAUGGUAUUUUCAUUCUGGAGUUAUAAAUCUCAAUCAGUUCGAAUUCCAUUGCUCACAAGUCGUUUUAUCUCACUUGCUGCUUGUUGUCUUUAUUUAUCAGUUGAAUAUUUUCCAUCCGGUCGUCGUUAUGUUAUGAUGUCUGUAUAUGUUAUAUUGGGAAUAGCUAAUAGUGCUUGUACAGUACUUCGAGCAUAUAUUGCAAUGUUUUCAACAGGUCGUGAUCGUCCACGUGCUUUUGCAACAAUUGGUUUAAGUGUUGUGGUGUCGAUCAUUGUUGGACCGUGUAAGUGUUUUGUUGGGUGGUAUUUUUAUGGAUGAUUGAUUUAUGCAAUAAUUGAGAGGGUAUUUAUAAUCUUCAUGAAUCAUCAAGGUCAAAAAUGUUUGACAUUUUUUUAAUAAGGGGAGAGCAAAGCUCACAAAACAUAAUCAAGAUAAAAAACUUUGAAGGUUAUGUCCAUUCUUGAUAAUUUAAUUAAUUAUUUUCAGUACUCCAACUAAUUUUCUCCGCAAUUCCAUAUCCUGGUUUCGAAAUUCUUCCCGGCAUAAAGUUCCAUAUUUAUUCGGCACCAGUAUGGUUUUCAUUUCUCAUUUCAAUCAUCUCAAUUUUUGUGUGUUAUUUUUUUUACACGAUGUCGACAAGGAUCGUUCGAAAGAUGAUGAAUCGGGUAGGUUUUGAUGCUUAUCUUCAUCGAGAUGUUUCUAUUAUGUUUUUUUUGCAGUUGGAAGCGAUUUGGAUCAACCUUCAGUUUUCUCAUGGGAAAAAAUUAAAAUGACUUGGAUGAAAUUAAGAAAAUCAAGUAUGGAUUGGACAUUGAUCUUUGUUUGUUUGGCGUGUAAAGUUGGAGGAGUCUUUUCUCACGCAACCAUGCAAACGUAAGAUUUCACAACAAUUUGGAAAAUCAGGAAUAGAACAUAUUAGAACUGGAAUUCCAAAAAUUGAAGAAUAAUUUUAUUUUCAGUCUCAUGUCAAUCUUGUUGAUGGUUCAAUAUGGAUGGACUCGCGAAGAAACUGUUCAAGCUGGUGCAGUUAUUAUGAUCAGUUUUGGUGUUAUGUCAUUAGGUGUUCUUCUAUUUUAUAUUUUUGGAAAUCUUGGAACACUAAUUCCACAACAAUAUGUUUAUUUGAUUGCAACAUUGGCUUCGGGUUCAGUUUAUGUUAUCACUUAUCCAUUUAGUUUUACAAGUAGUCCAGUUGCUCCGUGGAAUGGUAAAAAAUAUACAACAAUCAAGAGAGAUCAGUAUUAAAAUUAUAAUAUUUUCAGAAACUACUCGGUCUGGAUGUAAUAUUCUAGAUUAUAGUUGGUGUGAUGGUGCAGUGGCUGCAAGUCCAUGGCUUUUCUUAGUUGUUGUUGUAGUUUUAUCAGCUCCAUCAAUUCCACUGAUGCAUACAUCUCUUGAUACAAUUUACUCGAAAAUUUUGGGAAAUGUUGAUCAAAGUAUUGCACAAGGAGCAAUGACUGUUAUUGAUGAUAUUGUUUUUAUGGUUACUCCUGUUUUUGCAACGUGAGUAUUUAGUGUCUAAAUUAAGUAGCCUAAUGAUACUUUUCUAGCGAAUUCUUCACGUAUUUUGGUAUUGGACCAUUAUGGAUUGCCAAAGCAAUGGUAUUCUUCUCACUCACUUUCAUAUGGUUCAUCAAUUUGAAGCGAAUCACUCCGCAUAUGUAA